CGCUGCUGUAGGCGGCUGAUCAGUUCGCAGGCGUCCCAGUGUCCCUUGGAGCUAGAGGGGGGUGGGAGUUGUUGGGCACGCCUAGCGGUGGGAGAGGGAAGGAUCUAUUACUCGGGCUGUGGGAGUAAGAGGCUGGGAGCUGUAUCGCACUGAAUCGCUCGCUGAGCGGCAGUCUGCUAAUCACUGUAUGUGGAGCCGCCGGCUGUUGCGUUGUUCGCUCAGGGCAAAGGGAAGGGAAGUGAGCGGAGGAGACGGGACCAUGGCACCGUACUGCCCGGGGGAGACUCCUUGGAUAUUACCUGGCUGCUAAGCGCUGGAUACUUACCUGGGAGCUGGGGCUGCACACCCUCAUACUUGGCGAUGGUCGGUUCCCGGGUGCUCGGAUCUUUGGCUCCAUCACUGCGGGGAGAGAGAAUCACCGGGGGGAUCUGACUGAUUUCGCUUGUUUUGUCUCCGCUCUGGAUUCGCCUAUGUGCAACGAGAAGCUGGACAGAAUGAUCCUCACACAAAUAGAGGCCAAGGAAGCAUGUGACUGGCUACGGGCAGCGGGAUUCCCACAGUAUGCGCAGCUCUACGAAGAUCUUCUUUUUCCUAUUGACAUCUCUUCCGUAAAGAAGGACCAUGACUUCUUGGACAGGGAUGCAAUCGAGGCGCUCUGCAGGCGACUGAAUACUUUAAACAAGUGUGCUGUGAUGAAAUUAGAAAUUAGCCCAAAUAGGAAAAGGAGUGAAGAGUCUGAUGAAGAUGAACCAUGUGCAAUCAGUGGUAAAUGGACAUUUCAAAGGGACAGCAAGAGGUGGUCUCGACUGGAAGAAUUUGAAGUCUUUCCUCUUACUCAAGGACCAAAAGCUCUACUGUCAGACGCACACCAGCUGGGAAAUGCAAUCAGCCAGGACAGUAUUCUUACUGACCUUAGUGAGCACCAAGAUGUAGUAUCAAUUACCAGUACCAGCAGCGAAAGUCCCAGAGCACACCUUCCCAGUGAUGCCAGCACUACAAGAACAAAUUCUGUCACCAGCAUUUGUUCAUCUGGAAAUUUUAUUGCAAACGAUGACUCAUUUGGGAGCCUUCCAUCGCCAACAGAGCUUUCCACUUUCAAUUUCACCUCAAAGGCUAACCAAAAGAACUCAAAGUCUAGAACAAAGAGCCUCCUUAAGAGGAUGGAAAGUCUGAAAAUCAAAAGCUCUAACAGUAAAAAGAAGUCACAUUCCAAACUGGGUCUGAUUAUUAGUGAACCUAUCCUCCAAGAAGCGGUGGAUGAUGAUAAGCUAAAGCAACUUAACUGCGUAGAAAUUUCCUCCCUUAAUGGCAACCAUAUCAACGCACCCAAGGUGCGGAAAAGGAGCACAUCAAACUCAACUCAAACAAGUAGCAGUAGUAGCCAAUCAGACACUAGCAGUGCCGUAAGCACUCCCAGUCCUGUAACAAGGACAAGGAGUUUAAGUGCCUGCCAUAAAAGAGUAGGUAUGUAUUUAGAGGGCUUUGACCCUUUCAAUCAGUCAACAUUUAGUGAUGUCCUCGAACAGAACUAUAAAAACCAGAGGACUUUUGGUGAGGAUGCUGUGUUUUUUAUUCCUGAAGACCACAAACCUGGCACCUUUCCCAAGGCACUUUCAAAUGGCAAUUUGUCUCCUUCUGACAGUAGCCCCUCUGUCACCUGGAGAACUGGGAGUUUCCAUGGACAUGACAACCUUAGCUUUAGAAGGGAAAACAGCAUCAGCAGCUGCAAAAGUUCGGUUAGCAGCCAGAGACGGAAUUCUUGUUGUUCUGAAGGAAGCCGCUUAAGUAUUUAUGACAAUGUACCAGGAACUCUUCUGUAUUCCAGUAACAGCGACCUAGCUGAUCUGGAAAACGAAGACAUCUUUCCAGAACUUGAUGAUAUAUUAUACCAUGUGAAGGGGAUGCAAAGGAUUGUGAAUCAGUGGUCAGAGAAAUUUUAUGAUGAGGGAGAUUCUGAUUCUGCUUUAGAUUCUGUAUCUCCCUGCCCUUCCUCCCCCAAGCAGAUACACUUGGAUAUUGACAACGACUGCAAUGCUCUUAGUGAUCUCGAUAGCACAGGAAAUUCAUUUAAUGAUUGUGAAGAAGCAACCGUAAUCCAGGCGAGGAGAGACUCCGGAGUUGGCGCUUCUCUGACGCGAACUAACAGACACCGGUUCAGAUGGCACAGCUUCCAGAGCUCCCACCGUCCCAGUUUAAGUUCUGCUUCAUUGCAGAUGAACUGCCAGUCCGUGACUCAGAUCAACUUGCUUCAGAAGUAUUCCCUCUUAAAGCUAACGGCUCUCCUGGAAAAAUAUACCCCUUCCAACAAGCACGGGUUCAGCUGGGCCGUGCCAAAAUUUAUGAAACGCGUGAAAGUUCCAGACUACAAGGACCGAAACGUGUUUGGCGUUCCUCUUGCAAUAAAUGUACAGCGCACUGGUCAGCCAUUGCCACAAAGCAUCCAGCUGGCCAUGCGUUACCUACGUAGUCAGUGCUUGGAUCAGGUGGGGCUUUUCAGAAAAUCAGGCGUCAAGUCCAGAAUCCUGGCUUUGCGGGAGAUAAGUGAAAAUAACAACGACAGCUUGACCUACGAGGGACAGUCUGCAUAUGAUGUGGCGGACAUGUUAAAGCAGUAUUUCAGAGACCUGCCAGAGCCACUUUUAACCAGCAAGCUUUCCGAAACUUUCCUGCAAAUCUACCAGUAUGUCCCCAAGGAGCAGCGCCUGCAGGCAAUCAAGGCGGCCAUUAUGCUGUUGCCUGAUGAAAACAGGGAAGUCCUGCAAACCCUUUUAUACUUCCUGAGUGAUGUUGCAGCAGCUGUAGAUGAGAACCAGAUGACCCCCACCAACCUCGCUGUCUGCUUGGCUCCUUCCUUGUUCCACCUUAACACCUUGAAAAGAGAGAACUCCUCUCCCAGGGUUAUGCACAGAAAGCAGAGUCUAGGAAAGCCUGAUCAGAAGGACCUGAAUGAAAACCUUGCUGCCACUCAGGGUUUGGCUCACAUGAUUGCCGAGUGCAAGAAACUUUUCAAGAUUCCUGAAGAAAUGAGCAAGUGCCGUAAUUCAUACAUGGAGCACGACCUGAGACCCGUGUGCCUGGAGGAGCUUGUUAAUGGCAAUGCAGAGGGGCUGUGUGACUAUCAGUCGUACCUUCAAGAGAACAUUGACGUCUUGCUCAAGGAUGCUAAAGACAAAUUCAAAGGCUGGGUCAACUGUUCGACAUCAGAGCAAGCAGAUCUCUCUUACAAAAAGGUGUGCGAAGGCCCUCCUCUUCGAUUGUGGAAAGCCACCGUUGACAUCCCUGCUCAGCCAGAAGAUGUUCUUCACCGCUUGCUGAGAGAGCAGCACCUGUGGGAUGAAGAUCUCCUGGAUUCCAAAGUUAUUGAGAGUUUGGAUGACCAGACUGAUAUUUAUCAAUAUGUGCAAAAUUACAUGGCGCCCCAUCCAGCCAGGGACUUUGUUGUAUUAAGAACAUGGAGAACCAACUUAGCGAAAGGCGCUUGUGUUCUUUCGUGCACUUCAGUGGAUCACGAUCGUGCUCCUCAGCUCGGCGUCAGAGUAAAUGUUCUCAUGUCCAGAUACCUCAUUGAACCAGGCAGUUCGGGAAAAUCCAAGCUCACAUACCUGUGCAGAGCUGAUUUGAGGGGCCAUAUGCCAGAGUGGUACAAUAAGGUUUUUGGGCACGUGUGCGCAGCUGAAGUUGUAAGGAUCAGAGACUCUUUUAUGAACCAACAAUCAGAAAGCAAAGAUGGAAAGUCCAGGUGACGUGCCAGCCUGCAGUACAAUAAGGUCUGAGAAAGUGGAAGUGAUCCUGAUGGCCAUUCAUCACGUGUCCUGGGAGACACAGUGGACCCCCAGUUGUUGGACUUAGCAAGUUGUUUGGGCGCUGACUGUAUCUUUAUAUAAAGCUGCUUCCUGGCUCUUGUGCCUGUUCUAUUCCCCAGGACCUGUCCGUGCACAACAAGCUGUAUGUUUCUUGCAUACGGAUUCGCGCUGCUUCUGAGAAGCAAACUGACUGUCAGAAACCUCCGUUGUGCAAACCGUACAAUACCAUCACCUUCCCUUUUUGCAUGCCAUUAUAUCACGGGACUGGUGUAUCCACUGGAAUAAUUGGUACUUCUACUUAUUGUUGUUAUUUGUUUUUAUGCCGAAAAGAAAGAUUUGCACAGAGAAAAUGUGUGAAUGUGUGUUGUUCUAAUGAAUGAAGUCAGUCUCAGUGUCUGGUACACUGAUAGACAGCUGUACUGGUUUUAAUCUCAGGUUCAUGUUGUUAAUUUGUCAGACUUUGCUAAUGGGUCCAUCUUUGCUGAGGAGAAAGGCUGAAUUGGCUACAGCCGUGGGCAACUGCUGUCCUCCAAAUGCUGCGGAAGUACAACUUUCUAUCUAGGAAAGUAUUAGUCCAACAGUAUCUGGGUGGCCUUCAGUUGAAUUAGAACAGGUGACUGUCGGAUCCAAAUGCUGCUAAAUUGUCACCAAAUGCAAAAUGUUCAUGUAAACAUUUGUCACCUGUGACACCAGUACUGUGUGUACUUGCCUAACUGCACUGUGCGGAGCUCAGCACCCAUUGCCCAGAAGGAGAAAAAUAGCACAUUGAUCCUCCCCCGUCUCCAUUAAAUAUAUCCUCAGUUCCCUGAGCAUUUAUUCCUGCAGCAGUUCUGACCCCCAAAUGUACAUUUUCUGUAUCUUGGCCACAUGCCUUCUUACGUUCAUAUUAUGGCUAUGUGGAGAGGCCAUCAUUCUGUAGGCAUCGUUAAGCAUAUUUACCCUUCUGGUUUUAUUUUUCUUUUGCAUUUGUUUUCUUCUGAUCCCUUUUACAGCAUACACAGAGAAGAACCCUCUUCUUGGUAUUUAGCUUUAUCUACUUCCUUCCUGUCCAUAAAACCAGCAGCCUGGUCAUGUUUUAUGACUGAGAUUCCAGCCUGAGACACAGCAAACUCAACAGCCUGACAGCAGAGGAAUGCUUUUAUUCGCUGCAGUGUUAUAUGGAUAGGUGAACACUUGCAUAAAAGGGCUGGUUGAAGCCACAAAAGCAGAGCCAGCAAACCCAGAGCAUGCUGAAAUUAUAUAACUUUAGUUUAUUUUUUUUAAAUUCUCUGUAAAAGAAACUACAUGGAACUGUAUUUAAUCCUAGAUACAAUUUUAAAUAGGAUAAACAAAACAAUAGUACAUUUAUGCGAGGAUAGUAUCCAUUGAAUGACAAUCCGAUACCUAUUCAUUAGCCGAACAUAAAUAUUUACCGUAGUGUUAAUAUAGUAUAGGGCUGGGAAACUCACAGGGGGGACAAGGUGCCUCAAGAGGCAACGUUAAUAAAUAAGUGUUUACAUUGUUAACAACUGGUUUAAAAAGCAGCUUUUCCUGCUUCUCAAGCUGAGCCUAGCUUAGUCAAGUUAAGCCUAGCUACUGACAAUCAUGUAUUUAAGCUAAAGCCAAUGCUGAGAUCUAUACUGGCAUCAUUCAAUGAAAAAUAGUUCAUAGUCUUUUUGUAGAGCAUUUUGGAUUAUGACCUUAGGCUGAUGGGUGAAUUUGGGAAAAUCCAUCCAAAGGUGCCAUUACCACCUGUGAUUGGUUUUACUGGAAAUCGCCUGUUAUUGGUAGAGACUGCUUGUGAGAGGCAGUUUCCAUUAUAGUGGCAAAAAAGGCUUCAGGUGUAGAGCAUAUACCCCAUGUAUUAUCAGCUAGUAUGUGUCCACUUGUCAUGCCUAGCCCUCUAGGGGCAACCAUAUAACCGGACUCUUGCAGUUCUAAAUUAAAUAGGCGUCAUACAGACCUAUGGUAAAAAUAAAAAAGUUCUGAUGGGAAAUCUUGUCUGGGGCCAAUCAGGAGAUCCUCCGUUAUCCUGCCAGGCUAGUCUUUCCCUGUCCAUUUGUUUUCUACUAUACAUGAUAGGUGCAAAGGGAGGAGGCCAUGCUGAGGGAGAGUGUACUUUAUAGCUGUGUCCCAAUCUAGUCCAAAGGCUGCAGCAACAUAAAGGCCCAGCCUGCAGCAUUCCAGACCCUUAUUAAGCUUUGGCCCUUGGGAAUUCUGGGAGCUGCCAUUCAGAAACCAUUAAAGUGCAGGAAAAACUAAGCAGUUAUUUUAGGUGUAGAGUACUUUUGGCUCAAGCAAAGGGCAAGUAUGGGGCUUUCUGUAAGUAAAUUAACUGUAUGCAGACUGCAAGCGAAUCAUUUGUGAAUGAGAGUUUAUAAAAGUUAUUUUUAUGUUACCGUUGUCAGUAUUAUUUGAAAUGCAUUUUCAUGAAGAUUUUUCUUUUGUAAUAAGUAAAAAUAUAGUGUUUCAUUAUCAGUGUUUCCAUAUAUAUUGUUAAAUAUAUAUAUAUAUAUAUAUAUUAUCAUUGUAUAUUCAGUUUAUUCCUCGACUGUACAAAUGCUUUUCUGUAUAUACCACUUUAAUGUAAACUUAUUAUGUGUAUUGUUCUACAUAGAGAAAGCAUGUCAAAAGUCAUUAUUUAAAAUAUACAUGUAUUUAUACCUCAGAUAUUUUUUUUAUAUCUGGAUGCAUUCCCUCAUAAUUUUUUUUUUUAAUAUGCUACAUGUUAUAUUCAUUAAAAAGAGCAUAGUACAUAGAUUUAUAACGUCUGUAUAUGUCUACAAAGUAUAGUCAAGUGCACUAUUAAAUGUGUCAAAUGAAAUUA